UCCCCCAAAUUGAUAACAAAUCGGAACCCUGAUUCCAGUGAUACCCGUCAUCGGCGGUUUCGUCGGAAAUCUCUUCGGCGAUGGAUGUAUCUUCGAAGCCCAGGUUGGUCGUGAAUGUGUUUUUCGGCGGAUGCACAGAUUAUGGCGAAGAUGGAAAUGUGGGAUAUAUUGGUGGAGUGAAAGCGGUAGUGUUUUGUGAGAACCCCCCUAAUCUGUCAUGGGACCAGUUUGAGGAAAUCAUAAAGCUUCGAAAUGUGUAUCCACCAAUGUAUCAGCUGUCAUACAAGUUAGCAGAGGAAACAUAUAAGAAUAAGAGGGUGAUCACUCAUAGGGAAAGUCGGUAUGAAUUUCGGGAAUUGAAUAAGAUUGCAGCAAAAGCGACUGAGAUCGAUGUGUUUAUUGAACAUGAGGAAGUUCAUGAUGAUGAAAGUGUAGAAGAAGGUCGUGAGGAUCCAAUCGAUUCUGUGGAUGGAAGUAAUGGUGAUGAUGAUCCUGGUGAUGAUGAUCCUGGUAAUGAUGAAGAUAGAGAUGAGGAACAAUUUGAUUGUAUAGAAUCUGUGGAGAAUGAAGUAGAGCAGAACAUUGAGUCUAGUGAAAGUGAUGAAGACAAGUCUGAUGCGAUUCCCGAAUCGCCUCUAAACACGGACGAAGAAUGGCAGUCUUUCGAGAAACCUGUGAAGAGUGGUAGGAUAAAAGGGGACAAGUUCUACUUUCCCUUUGAUGGUAGGCUGGAAAGAGUUCAAAAAGGCGUUGAUUGA